CCGCACAGCCAUAAACCAAUCUGCAGCAGAAAUAAGCAAACGCGGUGCGGUGCGCUGCCGUGUGCUACCUGUAAUCGGAAAGCGAGUGAACUGCACGCAUCUAUUGUUCUUGCGCUGCUUCGAGCGUUCGGCGUGUCGUGUACCGUGCUGCGUCGGCAUUUGAUCACGACAGAGCUGCAGAGCAUUACGGCGAGCGCAUCGGCUUCAACGAGAACGCGACGAUGCACGCAGCGGCAGGCCUAGUUCUGGCUCUGGCCAUAGCGACGUGCAGCUGUGAACCUCUACGCAAAGGAGUCAACUCGGUGGAAGAAUACGAAAGCUGCGAGUCGCACUGCGAACUGACCUACCCGGCGCACACGUACCCAAAGCCCGAGCACCUCGACGCCUGCAAGAAAGGAUGUCGCAACUUCGUCGAAGCCGGCUUCCACGCGGUGACCCACGACAUGAACGCUACGCACGCCGCCUGCUUCAACGCCUGCUCAGAGGCCUAUCCAAGCCAGCCUAGCUAUUAUGCAUGCACCGGAGGAUGUGAUGAGCAGUUCAGGCACGUUAGUAAAAUGUCGGAGCAGAAGAAGACAUCACACCUGCACCCACUCAAGUUGCUCAUGCUGGUGCAGAAAAUGUACGAGACGGUGGUGGACCACGUGUGUCGCAUUAUCCGACGCACGUUCUACGCCGUUUACGUGCAAAAGGACACCGGCCACCUAGUUGUGGUGCGUGGAGAGCUCACGCCCAUCCGUAUCCUCGACCCGCAUGCCGGUGAUCCUGCAGAAGACAAGCCGGCGAAGCCGGCGUCUUCCACCAAGUCGGAGCAAGAGGCAGCUGACGGCGAAGCAUCUUCGACGGUGUCUGCAGCGGCCACCAGCUCCUCUUUUAGCUGGCUGGACUGCAUCUCUCGCCAGUCGGGCAUUCCGGAGUGGCUGCUCGUUAUGGUCUUGUUCCUUGUUGUGGUUACCAUGGUGUGGCUUUGCUGCGCCACGAUGGUGUCGUCUCCCAGUAGCAGCGUGACGUCCACCUCGCCACCUCCUGCCUACUCGCAUCAUAAAAUGGGCGUCAGCGGAGACCUCGACUACCUGCUCAUCUAUGACCCAUCCGAGCAGGUGAAGAUCCAGCCACCGGUCGACCAGGAGGCGCCACCGCUGCCUGUCAAGGUCCCUCUGAGCCAGAUCUAAGCCGAGACGAGGCCAAGCUAGCACUACCGCCACCAUUGCAGUUGCCGCCUCCUCACACACCUUUAUUUUUUUAUCUCACUACUCACUUCCUUUUUUUUUUAUUAAUUCUGUAUCUCUGUUGCAUUGUCACGGAUUGCAUCAGUCGAUCGACGUGUGUUUGACCCUUUCGUCUCUGGACAGUUUUUGCUGUUUGAGUUGUUUCGGUUGUUCUACAGCUUGUUGGGCUCUCGAAGAGCCACAUGUGAGAUGGGAGACAAGUGUGUUGUCACCUUUUGUAGGAAAGUGCAGUGGCAUCUGUCCCUGUGCUAUUCUACUGAUGAGUGAGAUUGUUGGCAGAGACAAUGCUGUAUUUUUUUUUCUCUAUUGUGUAACAUUUGUGUAUAAGCAUAUGCUUUUUAUUUACUUUAACUUGAAUUUCUUGGUUUGACAACCGUCGUUAAAUCUGUUUGUGAAAUGCCGUAGUGCAAAAAAAGCAGUUAAAGGUUCGACUGUUAUCUCCGUUACGUAUUUUCUCGUACAAACUUUUUCUAACAACUUGUAGUUUUGCUCCAGCCCUUCAGAGUUGUUAAUUUUUCCGCACGUUUAUGUAGAAUUCUCUCUUACACAAAACGGCAAAGCCGAGAUCCGCUUCACUUACUGAAAGCCUUUUGUAUUUGCCUCCGAUUCAAGAAGUGUUAAUACCUAUAAUAAAUUUGAAUAACUUAGCUUGCAAGUGAGUUUAAGUGCAUGUUAGAAACAUUGGCUUACUCUACCGUAUGCAUACACCUUUUAAACUUGCUAUAUUACGUGCUUUAUCACAACUUGCGGUUCACUUGCCUUUCGAACGUUUCUGCGAUUAAGAUUUUAUUCAAUAUUCUAUUGUGCCAUGAGCGUUUCCCUUGGCCAGCCCUAGCCUCUUAAGUUAAAAGAAAAAGGGGGUGUUGUUAUUUUGGUUGUGUUGUUUUAAUUGCUCUAAUAAGAGUCUUUAUAGUAUUUUACAUUUGUUGGAACUUUUAGUUAAACAAACAUUACUAAUACUGCUGUAAUUGGUGCGUAUCCCAAACGCAAAAAGCAAGCAGCUUUUGUUAUUACCCCUUCCAAACCAUAUGCCGAUCUUGCUUCGUGUAUUUCGAGAGUACAAGGCAGGAUGGCUUUAUUCGAAAGCACAGGAAAAGAAACUAAACUGGUCAGCCCAUUCAGUGUGGAGACAUUGUGGAAGCUUACAAAGCUUAGCUCAGUCUAUCGCCUCCUGCUCAUUUUUGCUAGGGCACUGAAGUUAGUUUGGAACUUGCAUCCUCAAGCUUUAUAGUUUGAUAUGUAGUACUGUUUUUGUUGGCUGUUUUAGGAUGGUGCUUUGAUAUGGAACAGAACUCUUGUAGUGCGUGACUGUUUAUCUCCUCGAGCAGCCUGCAUUUUGUGUGCAGCACCUGUCACCGAAUGGCUGGGCGCACAGCGUUGCUUGCAAAGUGCUUGCACGGCAAGCUGAAGCAGGUUGCAAGUGAUUUUUACGAGUGAUUUUUCCUUGCUUGAAUGUAGGCCCUGUGAAAUCCUGUGAUUGAGGUUCAGCUUUUUAGACUGAUCAAUGCUCUAAACAACCGUGACUACAUGACAAGCCCGAGGUAAUAGAAAGGAUGAAAUUCCUUGCAUUCAUACGUGGAACAGAAUGUCGGCGAGAAGUGUUUUCUGUAUAAUGUGUAGGGGGUGGGGGGCUGUUUAAUCUUGCUUCAAAUACUGCUCGCCUCACUGACAAAUUAGGUUUGUCUCGCAGUGUAUUAUUCAACAUGAUGGGCUAGUUUGCCCACCAUUAGCUAUUCGCGCACGUUUGAGCUCUCUUUCCCAAAUGAUAAGUCAUCUAGUCGUUGAACAUUUACUCGAUUCGAGAAGCAGAAUAAAAGGAAAACGGUGGCCAUGCAAUACAGCAUGUGCCUGCUUUUGCAUCCGGUUGCAUUCAGCAGGCCCUUUCGCACUCGACUAUUUCGAGCAAUUGUAGGUUCCCACAUUGUGAUAUAUAUGUACACAUAUAGCAGUGUUACAUGCCAGGUUACACAUGUACUGCGUGUUGUUUCCGCUCACAUUUUUGGAAAAGCUUGAUGAUGCUGCCGCUUCUCUUCUGUUCGCAUCAGCAUUAUCGUGUUCUUUUUUUUUCCUCCUUUAAAUAUUGCACCUUUGAGGGACGUGGGCACACGUAAAAGAUGAGGGCAAGGGUUUUGAUUGCACAUUGUAUGUAGUAAAACGUGUUUGCAGUUGUCUACACCCAAAAACGUGCACAUUGUCGCAUCAGUUAUCGGAACUUUUUACCUAAUAAUUCCUUCAAGGUAUUGAGUGGGAAAACAUUGUUGGUGUCUCCGAGGUGGACUCGCGUGAUGGACAAGUCUGUGGGCGUAUAAGUGAUGUGGUUGAGACAAAUCUGUGGUUCUCUAAGUUACGGAGUAUUCUCAAUGCGCAUAUAGUGGGUGUUCUGUAUUAUGGAGAGUAAUAGCAUCGCGUUUAGUUACGGAGUCCAUUGUAACUAAACGCCUCCGUAAGAAAGACAUCAGAGAGUUUGGUGUACCAUAUUUAGCAGGCCCAUUCAAUGGGAACCAGCAACCUAAGAGUAAACCAGUAGUGCACAACUGUCUAUGCUGUGCUAUUCAGCGUAAACUAUGCUGUGCUCCACUACACAUCAGACAUUUGAUGAGAAAUAUUUCCGUAUCUUUGAAAGCCCAUGGUGAAAACUAUGCUGUGCUGUACAUCAAACAUUUGACGAGAGAUAUUUCCGUAUCUUUGAAGGCCCAUGGUGAGUUUCCCAUCAAUUCAGCCUCUGAGUGCACGACCUUCAUAUGAUUGGUCUAUAAUGUGAAUCCACCAUUACAUGUUGGAAUGUCACAUAUGCACACACGCAUGCUCUUAUGUUGCAUCAGUUAUGAACAUGAAGCAUUGUUUAUGUGAGCAGCGAUAUUAAAAAUUGGAACGUUUCAAUUGCAUGCAGCAUUGUUGGCUGCAUGAAUCUUUAGAUGUCCCAUUGCUGGUCGCUGGAAACCACCAUCGCUGUGUCACUUGCGAUUGGCUUGAAAUUUUUCGUAAGAUGUUGUUUAACAUCGGCAACGGCUGCCCAGUCCUUUUUACUUUAAAGCCGUUUGUCUUUCUACGGAAGAGCUUGUGUGCGUCACGAGAACAUUUAGCCAUUAAUUCUGCAUCGUCGAGUGUUUUCUUGUUCAAGUGCAAUCUUUAUUAAAGCGACUGUUUGUUUUACUCCUACUCUUGUGGGCAGCGCAUGUAAGCUCAUAGAUUGGUUAAUAAAAUUGGAUUUGGGUAUCUGA